AUGCCGCCUCCUAACUCACGCAACACGCCACUCUCUCCGACGACUGCGACACCUGACCCUCCGCGACGAUCGUCCAUUCCCACAGCUGCCCCCGUGGAGACCGACAACGCCCACGAUGACAACGUGAACUUCCUGCGAUCGCGACCAGCUCUCUUCAACCCGCUACUACCCUCCUUGAGCCGACAACGUCGCCGCCGCUAUCCGACCAAUCCGCCGCAAAACGAAGACCGCAUGGAGGUGGAUGAUUCCGCUAACCCGCGCACAUCCGUUGAACUCAACCGUCGCAUCCCGAUUGUGCGCCGCCAAGAGAGAUCAACCGACAUGCCGAACUACGAGGGCCGAGUGCCCAACACACGAUCGUUGUAUGGAUGGGCACCCGGAUCCGAUGACGAGGAUGCUCCGCGCGAAGACUCAGAAGAUGAACAAAUGCAGCCCUUCCUCCAUUCCACCUCAAGUCGCGAUACACCCCCCGCACGACCGCCGCGCAAUGAGGUUCCUGGCCCCGCUCAACUGAUACCCCAUGAGUAUGCGACGCUGCCGGGCAGCAGUAGUCAUGCUCGCAGAUCGAUCUCGGCAGUGGCGGCAUUGUUACAAUCUGUAAGGCGUCAACCUCGGCUUUCAAGAAGUCGCACACUGGAGAACUACAUCAUCGAUCGCUAUUCAGAUGCCACUCCAGACGAGGAUGCUGAAAAUACGACCACAGUCGCAUCUCGGGGAUACCGCUAUCGUCCUACGACGCGCGGGGACUCGCAUCAUACCGACCUCACCCACAACGACCUUCGCGCUCGGGCUGCCGCUCAUCGCCAGCUACACUCAGACACAUGUCUGAGCAACGUGCUGGGGGAAACUAUCCGCUAUCUUGAUCGCAUUCGGUAUUCAAACUCCUUUGAAGAUAGUAUGCUCGCCUUGGCGGACAGUCGGCUAUCCUUCUCGAUGGACACCAAGUCUUGGAGAGAUACGGACUUCAUUCUAUACACUCCGAACAUUGCACCACCGGCGGCGUGCUCAUGGCUUCGAUCUGCAAUGGCCUUUUCGGGCUGUCAACGAGCUGCAAGUGCCGGGUGCUCAGUGUUGUCGCAACGCAUUCCCAGUCCGAACGCUCCCAGUGAACCUGUGAUUGUAAAUGGAAGUGAUAGCACCCGAAUCAGCGUCUCUACCACAAGUGGCCGCCGAUACUUAGCUAAUAACCGCGACGAAAACUGGCCUGUCAAGGUCACGAUACACCAGAUCAACCACGAUGACAUGACUUUAUCUGGCACCAUGGAGGCCUACAACAUCCCCGAUAAGACCUCGCCCACCCACGAUGCACACAUUGUGACUUUCUUAGAGGGUGAGAUUAUUGAUUUCAACAAUCACACACUCGAGACAAAGAACUUCAAAGCAGAUGCAGACAUCGAUAGCACCUACUGGCGUGAACUGCAACCGUUCAAGGAUUUGACAGAUGCUGAGAUGGCCCGGAACCUUUUGAGUCGGAAGUGGAUUACCGAGAAACUGUCCAAGGGAUGGAUCUUGAUGAGAUGGAAGGAACGAUGCUUCAUCACCCCAACCGAUGCUCGUCAAGGUCUUACAAUUUCCGGAUUCUACUACAUCUCUCUUCGCCGCGAGGACGGGCACAUCGAAGGCCUCUACUAUGACCCAGGAAGUUCGCCUUACCAGCAGCUCUCUCUAAAUCCAGAAGUAUCGAAAAUGGUUCGCCCUUCUUAUGCUUUCCGCUGA